AUGGCUACUGCUGAGUUAACUAAACGUUCAAAGGCCAAACGGAGAUCUAUGCCAGAAAAUAUAGGUCGUCCUACAAAUCUCUUGGAAGAAAGUGAGGGCAACACCAGCACUAUGCCACCAACAUUGUCUCCUCUACAACUUGAAGAUAGUGAUCACCAUAUUCUUGACUUGUUAUUAAACGAAGAUUUCAGUGAUGUUGAUUUGGGCUUAACGCAACCUCUGACACAAACGGCCAGUGCACCUAGGGAAGGAAAUAAUAGUAAUGAGGAAGUUAGUGAAUUAUCAAAAGAGUUAAAUGAAGAAUUUCAGGGCUCAGAAGAACAUUCUGAAUUUAAUUCCGGGAAAGAAGAAAUAAAUAAUGCGUUAGUUUCCCAGGAUGUAAUUGAAUCUUUAACAGCAGUUAAGAACGUGGGACUUCUUGCACUAGAUAGUCUUUUACGACAAAUUGUUUCAGAACAAACUUCCAUUACCACAUCGGCGAUCCAAAAUUCAUCGAAUACAGCAAGAAGUGAUACCUGGAGAAGACGUUAUUCUUUCAGUCAUACACUAACCUCGACUAACAAUUCCAAAUUAAACGAUUCAAGCAGCGAAAACAGGGACUCUUGGAUAAGAUCACAAUUGUUAGCUGAUAUUGCACAUAACGCAACUAAGUUGGGUACCAACGGUGAAAUGCAACAAAUGGAACCAAGGCGAUCUGAUAUUGCUACGAUUAACACAAUUAAAUGUCAACUAGAUUCUAAUAGUCCACUUGUACCUAACGAUGAUUAUAGUCUGGCAUGCACGUUGGCCACAUUGCUUGGUUAUUUAUACAGGAUUUUGGAGUUGUGUCAACCAGAAAAAACUAGACCUAGUGUCGAUACUUCAAAUUCUCAAAAUGUGGAUGCAAUUUUACAGGAUGUUACAAAUGAAGAUGAAAUCUAUAGUACAUUACACAAAGAAGUUACAAUUUUACAAAAUCGGCAUGUAAGUUUAAUUUUGAACGACAAUAUUGCAGAUGAACGACUUACAACCUGGAAUGAAAUUGACCAUUUGAUGGAAGUUGUUGCAAGCUUGUGCCGAGAUAGGUUUAAUCUCGAUCCACCCCCAAAAUAUUCAUAUGACUUUGAGGAAGGAGUCAGUAUUGAUCCACCUAUAUAUUCAUCUCUGGAUUCAGAUAUAAAACUUAACAACGAGAAAACACAACGUGACCUGGAAAAUGUAAUUUCUGCGAUAGACCGUGUUUAUCAUGUCAUGCCUCAACUCAAUAAUCAACGCGUAGAACUAAACUCACGUCAGAAAAAGGAGCUGACCGCGGCAACUUUGUCUAAUGCAAUUCAGAAAUUAUCUCGAGGCCGAUUAGAAGACCAACGUGCGGAAUCCCUUUCAAUCACUAAAUAUCAAACGUUAAACCAUCUUGUUGAUCAAAUUAAUAAAGCUGCCGAAAGAAGUCUUUCGGACCAACGUGUAGAGCUAAGCCCUAAUCAAGUCCGUCAUUUUGAUACCAUAAAAUUAAAUGAUAUAAUUGAACGUCUUGAAAAAAAUAGAAUGACGAACCAGGAUUGGCAUUCGCCCGAACAGCUUCUUGUUCAAGACUUAACAAGGUUGACAAACGAGUUAACUAAAACAUCCCAUCCUGCUUAUGCAUCUCAAAGAUAUCAACUCUCACCUUCUAAAGAAAAAGAUAUGUUUAUGAAUAGUGUUAUCAAAAGAGUGGAAAAGUUGCAGUCAUAUCGCAUGAUUGAUCAAGAUGCUGACUCACCAAGAGAGCGACGAGAAAAGGCAUGGAAAGAAAUCGAAACAAUAAUAGACAAACAACAAAAUAGUUCUAUGAGCAAUCAACGCGCUACUUG